CACGAAGGAAGUCUUCAAUUUGUUGUGAUUGGGAAAGUGUAAUUUAUAAUAUUAUCUGUAUUGUGUUUACAGUAGAAAUAAAACCAUUCAAUUUCCACGAUUUUUAAUUGUUUGAAUAAAUAGACAAUUUUGUUUUACCUGCACAUAUGAUAGGAUCAUUGAUAAAACUUUGUUAAACAUUGACCACACUUCCUGAACCUGCAGUGGCCACGCCCCCAAAUUUGAUCGACCGUCGAGCUAACUGCUCGCCCAGGGUAGGUAAACAUGUAGUUGUUGACCACAAGAUGUCGGAGAAAUCACAGGUGAAAAUUGGACACUAUAUCCUAGGGGAAACCCUUGGAAUAGGAACGUUUGGAAAAGUGAAAAUUGGAAAGCACCAGGUGACAGGACACAAAGUAGCUGUCAAAAUUCUCAAUCGACAAAAGAUCAAAAGCCUUGAUGUCGUCAGUAAAAUUCGCCGUGAAAUUCAGAAUCUUAAAUUGUUUCGUCAUCCACACAUAAUCAAACUGUACCAAGUUAUCAGUACACCAACCGAUAUUUUUAUGGUUAUGGAAUAUGUGUCUGGUGGAGAAUUAUUUGAUUACAUAGUGAAGCAUGGCAAGUUGAAGCAACAUGAAGCAAGGAGGUUUUUCCAGCAAAUCAUCUCUGGAGUUAACUAUUGCCAUCGUCAUAUGAUUGUUCAUCGUGAUUUAAAACCUGAAAACCUGUUGCUAGAUACAAACUUGUGUGUGAAAAUUGCAGACUUUGGUUUGUCUAAUAUGAUGACUGAUGGUGAAUUCCUAAGGACAAGCUGUGGCUCUCCUAACUAUGCAGCUCCUGAAGUUAUUUCUGGAAAAUUGUAUGCUGGUCCUGAGGUAGAUGUCUGGAGUUGUGGUGUUGUUCUUUAUGCUCUGUUGUGUGGCACUCUUCCCUUUGACGAUGACCACGUGCCCACAUUGUUCCGUAAGAUUAAGGGCGGUGUGUUUGCCAUUCCUGAACAUAUCUCAAGAUCACCAGUUGUUAGUCUCAUUACUAGCAUGCUUCAGGUUGACCCAUUGAAACGUGCAACAAUCAAUGAAAUUAGAGAGCAUGAAUGGUUCACAGUAGAUGUACCAGCCUACCUGUUUCCAAACAAUGCCUUGGAUGAUAAUGUUAUGGAUGCUGAUGCUAUUAGGGAUGUUUGUGAGAAAUUCCAAGUGAAAGAGCAGGAAGUUCAGAGUGCAAUUCUGUCUGGAGACCCACACGACCAGUUGCGCAUAGCUUAUUUUCUGAUUGUUGACAAUAAACGAAUCAUGGAUGAAG